CUGGAGAUGCCCGAAGGCCUCCGGUCUGCUGUCCCAAGCGGGACCUAGCGCCCCUUGGCAGCUGGAGGAGGCGGGGAGGACGGGGCGGCCAUGGGGUGGGCGCCGCCGGCCCCGGGCGCGGUCGGGGGCGCCCUGAUCCUGCUGGCCUUGCUGGCGCCCUCGCAGGCGCUGGUGCGCGCCGUGCUCGACGGCAACGCCAGCACCGUGGACUUUGAGGACCUGCCGGCCCUGUUCGGGGCGCCCCUGGCCCCCCAGGGCGUGCGGGGCUACCUGAUGGAGGCCAAGCCGCCCAACGCGUGCCACCCCAUCGAGGGCCCGCGGCCGGGCAACGGCUCGCUGGGCGCCAUCGCGCUGAUCCGCCGCUACGACUGCACGUUCGACCUCAAGGUGCUGCACGCGCAGCGCGCGGGCUUCGAGGCGGCCAUCGUGCACAACGUGCGCUCGGAGGAGCUGGUGCGCAUGGCGCACGGGCUCGAGGCCCUGCGCCGCCAGGUCGCCAUCCCCUCGGUGUUCGUGGGCGAGGCCGCCUCGCAGGACCUGCGCGUGCUCGCGCGCUGCCACAAGGCGGCGCACGUCCUGCUGCUGCCCGACCACCCGCCGUGCCCCGCCCUGGACCGCGUGCCCCCGCUGGCCGCCGCCUGGGCGCUGGCCCGCGCGCUCGCUCUGCUCGCGGCCGGCGUCUUCGUCCUGCGGCGGCUGCGCAACGGGCUGCGCGCCCGGCGGCCCCGGGCGCGGGCGCUCAAGACGCAGGCGGGCCAGCGCGCCCAGGUGCGCACGUUCACGCGGCGGAACGACCUGUGCGCCAUCUGCCUGGACGAGUACGAGGAAGGCGACCGGCUCAAGAUCCUGCCCUGCUCGCACACCUACCACUGCAAGUGCAUCGACCCCUGGUUCUCCCAGGCGGCGCGGCGCUCCUGCCCCGUGUGCAAGCAGUCGCUGGCCGCCACGGAGGACGGCUCCGACUCCGCCGACGAGGACCCCUCGCUGCCCGGCCACCGGCCCCCGAUCUGGGCCGUCCAGGCCCGGCUGCGCGCGCGGCGGCUGGAGCUGCUGGCCCGGGCCAGCUCGCACGGCCGCUCGGGGGCCCCCGCCGAGGCCCCCGCGUCCUCGGAGCCGCCCCCGGAACGCUCGUGAGGCCGCGCGGCCCUGGCUGGCACAGAGCGGGCCGGGGGGCUGGAAAUGCGCAGUGUUUCUAGUCUAGAGAGAAUAAAGUGGGUUUGAAGGCGGA